GCGACUUUUUCUCUCUCUUUUUUCUUCGCAUAUUUCGAGCAGGGGAUUCUCGAUCGGGUCUUGGUUUUCGGUUUUGUUUCGGGACACGGAGUUUUCGGGUUUUUCGGUUCGGAUGCUUGGAUAGACGGAUGGAUAGAUGGAUAGACGGAUGGAUGGAUGGAUGGUUGGGAUGUCGUAGACCGGCGGAUAGAGGCAUAUCAAGGCGCAUUACUAUACAGGUCGUUAGGGAUAUUCUUUCGUUUUUGUUUUCUUUUUUGUUUGGUGUUUCUACCGGAGUGUGUGGUUUUUGGUUCGUUUGCUUUACGGUUUCGGCUCGGCUCUGGCAAUGUGUUUUUGGGGGUGUUAUUUUUACAGGUGUUUGUUUUGUUUGGACGGUGGAGUUAUUGUUUACGCGGGGAUACAUUAUACUACAUUCCUACUAUCUACCGGUGCCUACGAUUUCGCAAGGCUUAAUGGCGUUCUGCAGAUAGAGGAGUUGGUCGGGCAAGGGGAAGGGAUGGGUACGGUACGGUACGGGUACCCAGUCGGUCAGUCAGUAAUAAUAUCAUACUCUACUCUACUCUA